AUUCCUUUCCAUCCUUGUCUUUUCGACUCAAGAGCUUCGUUCCAACCUUUUCCAUUCCUUUUACCUCUUGGCUUGACCGCGUUGACCGCGAAGUCCUUCGUUCCGCACACAGCAAAAAUUGCUUUUUUUCUUGAACCAGCAGAUACCUCUUCAGCAGUUUUUACGCAAAAUCAAUCAGACUCAAACCCAAAAUGAAGACGACACAGAUUAUGAUGUUGGCACUUGCUGCCCUAACAUCUACGGCUAUAGCCAAGGGCACGGGCGGUGCUGGUGGCAACACAGGCAACACUGGUGGUAAUGCCAACGCUGGAGGAAACACCAACACUGGGGGAAAUGCCAACACUGGAGGGGCUAACACUAGCUCUGCCUCUGCUGCCACAUCUUCUGGAACUUCUGCUUCUACCUCAUCUGGAUCUGGGGGUGGUAACGCCAACGAUCUUACCCUGCUUUCGGGCAACGUCCAGACCGGCAGCCAGUCUGUGGGCAACCUCAGCGUAGCUGGCACCUCACCUUCCGCCACUGACAACGCCAACUUCAUCAACUUCUGCAGUGGCAAGACCUUGACCAACGGUCUGCAAGUGACUGCCGGAUCCUGCAACGGCAUUGUCAUGGGUGAUAUCCCUUCCAACGAAAAUAUGAUCUCGUCCAUCGUUGUCUUCCCUGCACCAGCCCAGGACAUCGAUGCCAACACCCCUUUCAGCGUCACAGUUCAAACCCAAAACCUGGUCGCUGGCUCCUUCACCGACGCCACAAACACCUACUACUCUGCUCCUCAGGCUCUGCAAGGCGGCAACGUCGUCGGCCACACUCACGUCACCAUCCAGGAUCUGGGUAACAACUUGGCACCCAGCACUCCUCCCGACCCGAAGACCUUCGCUUUCUUCAAGGGUAUCAACGACGAUGGCAACGGUGCAGGCUUGCUCGCCGCCAACGUCACAGCUGGUCUUCCCGCCGGUUUCUACAGAGUCUGCACCAUGACCAGCUCUUCCAACCAUCAGCCCGUCCUCAUGCCUGUCGCUCAACGUGGUGCUCAGGAUGAUUGCCAGAAGUUCACAGUCGGGCAAGGAGGUUCAAGCAGCACCAGCUCAACAUCUACCUCUACUGGAGGUGGUAACGGAGGUGGUAACGCCAAGGCCGUUGCUGCCGGAGGAAACGCGGCCAGCGCUUCAUCUGCCGCUGCUGCCGCCACUGCUUCGAUCUCUACUACCACUAACUCAACGUCUACAGGUGGCAACACCGCUGCUCAGGGAGGCAACACUGCUGCUCAGGGAGGCAACACCGCUGCUCAGGGAGGUAACACUGGUGCACAAGGAGGCAAUACCGGUGCCCAAGGCGGUGGUGCCCAGGGAGGGAAAGGUGGUCGAGGACGAUACCACCGUGAACGAUUCGCUGCACGAGACAUCAUCGUGUAAGCUCUACGAGUACUUGAGAGACAG